GGGUGGGGUCCAGACACGGGGCACAUGAUGCCACCUCCCUCGCCAACCCAGCACCUGACCAGGAAAAGCCUUGGGUCCUGCACACUAGAGACGCAUCCCUGAGCAACACCCAUGGCCUCCCCACGCCUGGGAACAUUUUGCUGUCCCACGAGAGACGCGGCCACUCAACUAGUGCUGAGCUUCCAGCCUCGGGUGUUCCACGCGCUGUGCCUGGGCAGCGGGGCUCUUCGCCUGGUGCUCGGCCUCCUGCAGCUCCUGCCCUGGCGCCGAUCUGUUGGCCCCAGGGCUCCUGCUACAUCCCCGUCUGCCUCAGCCCACAUCCUCCGUGCCGCCACCGCCUGCGACUUUCUCGGAUGCCUGGGGAUCAUCAUCCGGUCCACAGUGUGGGUAGCCUACCCAGAUUUCAUCGAAAGCAUCUCUGAUGUGAACGGAACACACAUAUGGCCUGCUGCUUUCUGCGUGGGGAGUGCGAUAUGGAUCCAGCUGUUGUACAGUGCCUGCUUCUGGUGGCUCUUCUGCUAUGCAGUUGAUGUAUAUCUGGUGAUCAGGAGAUCCGCAGGACUGAGCACCAUCCUCCUGUACCACAUCAUGGCCUGGGGUCUGGCUGUGCUGCUCUCUGUAGAGGGGGCAGUGAUGCUCUACUACCCUUCCGUAUCCAGGUGUGAGAGGGGCCUGGACCACGCUAUCCCUCACUAUGUCACCACAUAUUUGCCGCUACUGCUCGUCCUUGUGGCCAACCCCAUCCUGUUCCACAAGACAGUGAAUGCAGUGGCCUCUUUACUGAAAGGAAGAAAAGGUGUUUAUACAGAGAACGAGAGACUGAUGGGAGCCAUGAUCAAGACCCGAUUUUUCAAAAUCAUGCUGGUGUUAAUUGCUUGUUGGUUGUCUAAUAUCAUCAAUGAAAGCCUUUUGUUCUACCUUGAAAUACAACCAGACAUCCAUGGAGGCUCUCUGAAACGCAUCCAGAAUGCAGCCAGGACCACGUGGUUUAUUAUGGGGAUACUAAAUCCAGCCCAAGGACUUCUCUUGUCUCUGGCCUUCUAUGGUUGGACAGGAUGCAGCCUGGAUGUCCAGCCUCCCAAGAUGGUGAUCCAGUGGGAAGUGAUGACUGCCUCAGCUGCCGAAGGCACUUACCAGUCCCCUGUGGACUCCUGUGUGGUCCAUGAAAGCCCCACUUCCAGGAAGGUGGCGUGUGUCAGAGGGCACACUUCUGAUGAGGUGCUGAGCAUUCUGUCUGAAGGUUCUGAUGCCAGCACCAUUGAAAUCCAUACUGCAACUGGAUCUCGCAAUGUACACGAAGUUGACUCCAUUCCUCAAGCCCAGGGAGACCUGUGAAGGGAUGGGGGUCAGACCCCAGAGUCCUCAAGCUCCAGCUUUCAUUCUUUAGGACUGUGUUCUUGCCUGCCUUCUAUCACUAUGCAGCCACAAUGUAGAAUUCCCUAACUCUCAUUCUAGUCGUCAUAAGCAGAGCUCACUAAAAUGUUCUUGCUGUUAGGACAAAGGACACAGGAGAGCUUGGAAAUAGAAAAUUUCAUCUAGAACACUCAGUGGCUCCUCUCAACUCUUAACUGCCAUUUGGACUUCUUCUGAGACCAGCUUAAAUGCUAAGUGCCAAAUCCAAAUCCUUGAAAAAGUAGUUAAA